ACAGAGGCUGAGAGUGACAGACAGACAGAGGCUGAGAGUGACAGACAGACAGACAGACAGGGAAGCGGCAGUGAGAGACAGUCAUCAUUCUGAGGAGGAUCAGCAUGGCUACACAGUAACAGUCUGACUCCCCGGCACAGUCAUGGCUCCCAGAAUUCUAUUCCUUGGCCUUCUCUGGAUGUCCCUGGGGGCUCUGGCAGAAAGCGUCCACCUCGAGCCUGACCAGAGUGUGAGGGUCCCGGACGGCUGGCGCCACGUGGAGCGCGUGGACGGGAGUGAGGAUGUUAUCCUGACUUUUGCACUGAAGCAGCAGCGUGUGGACAAGCUGAAGAACCUGGUGGAUCAGGUGUCAGACCCGAGGUCUCAGCAGUACGGUCAUUAUCUGUCCCUGGCGGAGCUGAGUGAUCUCGUGGGGCCAUCGGAGGAGACUCUCGGCACCGUUAGGAACUGGCUGGAGAAACAUGGAAUCUGGGACUGCCUCACUGUCCUGACCGGAGACUUCCUACAAUGCCGGACACAGGCCAGGAAUGCAGAGAAAUUACUUCCUGGAGCCCAGUUUCAUCGCUAUGUGAAGGGGGACUUGAGUGUGGUGAGAUCAGGAACCCCCUAUUCUGUCAGCCCACAGGUUGCACCACAUAUAGAUUUUGUUGGAGGUCUGCAUCGCUUUCCGUCACACAGAAAAGUCCUAAACAGCACGGCAGCCGCGGGGUUCCACCUGGGAGUCACCCCGACCGUCCUGCGCCAGAGAUACAACCUGUCCGCCAGUGACAUUGGAAGACACCCCAAUAACAGCCAGGGGUGCGCGCAGUUUCUGGAGCAGUAUUUCCACCCCGCAGAUCUCUCGGAAUUCAUGUAUCUUUUCGGGAGAGGUUUUUCGCAUCACUCGGAGGUGGAUCAUGUGGUUGGGGAGCAGGGAGGAGGCCGAGCUGGUCUGGAAGCCAGUCUGGAUGUGGAGUAUAUCAUGAGCACUGGAGCCAACAUCUCUACAUGGGUCUUCAGCAACCCAGGACGCCAUGAGUCUCAGGAGCCGUUCCUGCAGUGGAUGAUACUGCUGAGUAACAUGUCCUCUGUGCCCUGGGUCCACACCAUCAGUUACGGAGACGACGAGGACACUUUAUCUGUGGCUUUCAUGCAGAGGAUCAACGUAGAGUUCCUGAAAGCUGCGAGUCGGGGACUCACAAUCCUCUUCGCUUCAGGUGAUGAUGGCGCAGGGUGCAGAGAAGUCGUAAAAGCUAAAAACGUAUUUCGACCAAGCUUCCCUGCCUCCAGUCCUUAUGUGACCACAGUGGGUGGAACUUCCUUUAAGAACCCGUUUCAGGUGACCCGCGAAGUGACUGAUUACAUCAGCGGUGGUGGAUUCAGCAAUGUCUUCCCCAUGCCGCAGUAUCAGGUCUCUGCUGUGUCGAAAUAUCUACAGUCCACGGAGAAAUUGCCACCAGAGAGUUAUUAUAAUCGCAGCGGCCGAGCGUAUCCGGAUGUGGCUGCUCUCUCUGAUAACUACUGGGUGGUGAUAAACCGCGUACCCGUCCCGUGGGUCUCCGGCACAUCGGCCUCCACACCAGUGUUUGGGGGGAUAAUAGCCCUAAUUAAUGACCAUCGGCUACAGAAAGGGCUCCCCACCUUGGGCUUCCUGAACCCAGCCCUGUACGCCUUGAAAGGAGACGGCCUUUCUGAUGUCACUGAAGGCUGUCACUUGUCCUGUAUCGACGACAUUGUUUUAGGGCAGGGCUUCUGUGCAACUCCAAGCUGGGACCCUGUGACCGGCUGGGGUACCCCAAACUUCCCCGAGCUGCUGAAAGCCCUGUUACGCUGAUACUCAAAGAUACCUUCUGUAUCUGUUUGCCUUAAAUGUCGUUAUUCAUGCUGAUGAUUUAAUUACACCCCUGCUAUCGAGAAGAUACCCCUGUGGGACAUCCGCCUCUCCAGUUAAUAGCCAGUGACUCCUUUGUACAGCUGCCCUUAACACUUGGCUACCAUCCUCCUUUGUGCACGUUUUGUAACG